GGCGAGUUAAAGCAAGAGAGAGAGAGCAAAAGUCCCGAAGCCUCGUGCGGAAGUUACUCCUCCGCCGAGCCGCGCGGAAAAGCCCCGAUUGCCGAUUUGCACGACCCUCCCUCUAUCUUUAUGGGCUUCUCCUCGGGUCCACUUUGUUCUAUUUAACGCAGAAUGAUAGAAGUCUUGGACCCAAGGCCCCUAUCCAGUUCUAUCAUGCCUGUAGAUGUGGCCAUGAGAAUAUGCUUGGCUCGUUCACCACCUGUGAAGAGCUUUCUCAACCCACUUGACGAAUAUCAGAGAAGGAAAUUUGUGGAUCGAUUUAAGCCUCUCAGACCGUGCCUCAAUGUGAAACGUGAAACUGAAUCCCAAAACAGUGACUGGAAGCGCUCUGCCGGCCGAGCCAAGAAGAGAGUUGUCUUUGCGGACUCCAAAGGUCUCUCUCUCACCGCCAUUCACGUCUUCUCUGAGUUUCAGGAGAAUCCAGGUUGGGAUCUUCAGUUUGACCUGCUAGACCUUGAAGACAUAACUGCUGGCUUAAAACUACAUGAGGAAAAGAACUUGAUUCUGGGUUUCGCUCAGCCUUCGGCAGAUUACUUGGACUUCCGAAACCACUUACAGAAGAACUUUGUGUGUCUUGAGAACUGCACCCUCCAAGAAAGGGCUGUGUCGGGGACUGUGAAAGUGAAAAAUGUGAGUUUUGAGAAGAAGGUGCGGAUUCGGGUCACCUACGAUUCGUGGAAAACCUAUUCCGACAUCAACUGCAUCUACAUGAACAACGUGUAUGGAGACUCUGACAAUGAUACCUUCUCCUUUGCUAUUGACUUGCCUCCAGCCAUUGCCGCUGAGCAGAACAUUGAGUUUUGUGUGUAUUACCAAAGCGAUGAGCACACAUUCUGGGACAAUAAUGAUGGGCAGAACUACAAGAUUGUCCAUGCAGAAUGGAAGUCGGAUGGAGUCCAAGUGCCGUCUCCCAGGAAAGGCUGCAUGACUCUCAAACCGGCAAGAAAAGGGCACGAGGCAGGCUGUGAACAACUGGGUAGCCCUCGGAUAGCCAGUGGCCUUUUCCCUGAAUGGCAAAGCUGGAGCAGGAUUGAAAGCUUGUCUCCAUACUGGUGAAUGAUAAUAAAACACAGAGGCAUCCAUUGCCACCUAACUUUAAACUUCUCAAUAAGCAUAAGCAAGCCACAUAGAAGGGUUGGCUGACUACUUUUUUAAAACGGGAAAAUGGCUGUGAACAUUAUGCAUUUAUGUUUAAAAACAAAAACUACCAGCCACAACUUUGACUUGAGGGGGGAGGGAGGGAGAAUAUGAAUUUCAGUGAGAACAUUUCCUAAUGUAAAAACGAGUGAUUGAGUGAUUGAUAUACCAUUAACUUGCCGUCCGCUUGCCUUAACUAGGGGGCAGCAGAGAAGUUUGUGAAGAAGUAAUAGUGUGUGUGGUGGCUUUUUGGGAAACUGCGAUUGUUUGUGGGGGGAUGUUGCAGAGGUAGCCACACACAAAAACCUCGUGCCUACUUUUUAAGUUGUAGCUGAGAUUGUGUGAGAGAGGCGGAACUGCCAAACCUGAGGCCUGAGUCAAGACAAAGCAGGUCUUGGCCAGAAUACAAUUCGGUAUUUAGGAUUGUGGUGAAAAGGGGCCUCUGAAGUGGGGAGAGAGAGAGAAAGAAAGGGAGAAAGGAAAAGGGGUAUGGUGUGCUGUACUAUAGGGGCAAAAGUAAAGCAUACAGCGGGAAGCAAUGUGCCUUGUAAGAGCUGUACAGAAAGGCAGCACUUCUACCGGUAACAGCACUUUCCCCAUCAGUGAAUUGCUGUACAGCAGUGGGGAAAGCUGCACCUGUUGAAUUUCUGAUCAUUAGGCUUAGAUAUGUGUGGAGGGGAUGAGAGGAAGUGUGAAAAGCAUAAGGGGCUGGGGAACUGUUCAUGUAAAUAGGCCCCUGCACAGCUGUAGGCUUGAUUUUGGGAAUCUUGUCUUUCAACUUGCUAGACAAUAAGCUAAUUUUGCAACCGCACUUCAGUUAGAUCUUCAUCCUAUGUACACAAAGGCUAUGCCUUAAAAAAACAAAAACAAAAAAAAAUCACACAGGGUUUCCCGUGAUUGCACGGCAUUGUUUUUUUUUAAGAGACUGAAUGAAUUGCCUUAAUCCUGUAGACAUUGGCUGCUCAACUUGCCUUGUUCAGUGUAGACAAACUCUCCUAUUAUCUUGCUUGUUGUAGAGUUUAGUAAUAUUUUUCUUCUCCAAGAAAUAGCUCUUCACAACAGUAAAA